AUGUCCAAGAAACCCUGCCGUUUCCACCUGAAACCGGGCGGUUGCCGCUACGGAAGCAGCUGCACGUUCGCUCAUAUCGAGGGGGCCACGUCCGCUACCGGUGGCAAUACUACGGAUGCGGCGACGCCCGGAAGUUCUUCGACGUUCGAAUCCUCUCCAGCUCCUCCUGGGAAAUGUACAUUUUAUUGGAAGACCGGUGACUGCAAACGAGGCUUCCAAUGCCGCUUCAAGCAUGAUCGGCCUGUAGACCCGUCUACAUCGACCCCUGAAGUAACGACGACGAGAGCGAACGUUACUGACGCAUUGCUACCGUUCUUGACACCCAUAGGUAUCUCUCGGUUAUUUGAGACUGGCAGUGAUGCCCUUUUUGCUGGGAAUUCGAAGCCGAAAACACCGUCCGAGGUACACAAUUAUCUGAAGAUGUAUCUCCGGGACGACUAUCAUUUCCGCAACGUAUUUGACAUGCACAGUUAUCUUGCCUUGCUAUCAGAUGCCACAUCCAGUAACAGCACCUGGACGGCUGAAGACGGCCAGUUGCUGCUAUCUGCCGUUGCAAAGGGCAAUGGUCUGCAACGCUUUAACGAUAUUCUCAGCUGGGAAAGCGUCGCUGUCUGUCCCAGUAAUAAUAGGAAUGUCCUGUCCUUUCAUCGUGGUUAUAUUGCUCUGCUCCAAUAUCUUUCCUCUGAUUUUGUGGUGAAGAGUGUCUUGUCACAUCUCAUCAACGCACUUUACAUGGUCUUAAUGGAGCACUUCAGCGCCUUUUCGCGUCACCUCCAGGCCUGUAUGGCGAGUAUCAUGACCAGCGCUAAGUCUUUCAAGGAACCAGCAAUGGCGGCGGGGACGAAGAAUGUCGGAGGCGCCCAAGUUUUUGGCGCACUUGUCGUUGUCCUACUUCAAUGUCUCACGCGGAUCAAGAACGCGACGGCAAAACAUCCCGAGUUACGACCUCUGGUCCUCAACCUGAGCGACUGGGUUAACAUCUGGGCCAUUGGGAUCACCACAGCAUCACCCACCUUUGACGAUGCCCUUGCAUCAGCACCCCCACAGGCGAGGGAGCAGAUUAUACAACAUCUGAAGGCAAAAGUGGAGCAGUUGGUCUCGAUCGUGAAUCGAGAGCAUUCAAAACUGGAGCGUUCGAAGCAGAGUCGUCCAGUUCCAACUGCUGUUGACUCGGACGAAGGCAUCAUCGCUGCACUUCACAAUAGCUAUGUAGGGCCUGGGGAGCUACGACCAGAGGGCCCUCGGCAUGACAAUGAUCACGUCGACAUCGAGGAUAUCAGGAUUGCUCCUACCCAUGACGAGCUUAUUUGUCGUAUCCCUCCGUUUCUGCCAUCCACUUUAUAUAACGCACCACAUCCCGCUCGACUGGAUAGUCCUGAGAGGUUGUUGGAUAUCCAGUUCCGACUACUCAGGGAGGAACUGACCGCCUCUCUUCGCACCUCGGUUCAGCUUGUCAUGAGUGAUCUCAUCUCGCCCGAUAAACACACGCAGCUGGAUCAAGUCCUUCAGCGAGGUGGAGGAAAGUACCAUGGCCACACAGACAACGAAGACACCGUCAUGUUCAAUGUCUACACCAAUGCCGAGUUCACGGAAAUUACACCUGACAGACGAGGCUUGUCUGCUGGUCUGAUCGUUGACGCUCCUCCGGGCCGCGCUCGUGCGGCUGAUCCUAAUCGCAGAGCUUGGUUUUGGGAAGGCAUGAGCGGCAAGCGUCUCAUUUCGGGCGGACUUGUCGCGUUGGUCUGGCAGAGGCCGUCAGGCAUCGACGUCCAUUUGGGCACCAUCUCCAGCUCCAUCCGCGACCAUGUCACAUCUGCGAAGCAGAGCGCUUCGCGUAUUGCCAUCCGGGUCUCUUUCUUCGACGCAAAUGUUCAGCUUCGGAUCCUACAGGAGCUCAGGCGUCCACCUGAGGAUUGUGGUGAUUUGAAGCUACUCGUUGAGGCUACCGUUAUGUUUGCAUCGGUUAGACCUUUCCUCGAGGCUCUUUGCGUCGAGCCCACGAAGCUCCCUUUCAGCCGCUACCUGGCGCUCUGUCCUCCGGGAGAGCUCGGCAAGGUCAAGAUCGAGGCGCCUGUCUAUGCUCGGAACGCCAGCUUCUCGUUCCAGCUCGCUUCACUUUUCCCGUCGGACGCGGGCACUACCAGCCUUCAGCUGUCGGUCACAAAUCCCGACUCGAUCGAAAAUGCGAGGACAGAGCUUCGUACUUGUAAUAGCUUGGACCCCAGCCAGGCGGACGCUAUUGUGGAUGCCCUGACCCGAGAGUGGGCUCUGAUCCAAGGGCCUCCUGGAACCGGAAAGAGUUACACUGGUGUUAAAAUCAUCGAUAUCCUACUCGCAAACGGGGUUGGUCCCAUUCUCAUGAUUGCCUUCACGAACCACGCCCUCGAUAAUAUUCUCUGCUCGGUGCUCGACGCUAAUAUCACUAAGAAGGUUGUGCGUCUUGGGUCACGCUCAUCAGACGAGCGUAUUUCCCAGUUCUCAAUCGAAGCCAUGGAAGCGGUUGCGGGCAGAUCACGCCUCGAUCGUGCCUUCUCCGACAAUCAUCGGGAAGUGAAGGCUGUCGAACAGCAAAUUCGGGACCUAAUGAAAAAAUGCUUGAAGAUCAACGUUGACAGCGAGGACAUCAUGGAUCACCUCAAAUAUGCCUUCCCUGGCUUCUACCAAGAUUUUUCUCAGCCCCCGUCAUGGAUCCAACUUCUGUACUCUGCGAACAAGGGUGCAACAUGGACUCGAGUGUCCCGGUCCGUACAAGAUCUACUUCACUCGGAUAGCACGAUCUACGGAUACUGGCUUCGUUCAGACGACCUAGAUUUUUUGGAAGAAGCACAUGUACAACGGCAUAGCCUACCCGAGCCAACCGCCCCGUCAACUCCUGCACCCAGCUGGGAGCCAUCUACGAACACAAAUCCGUACGAAUUGCUGCGUGCCCGUGACAAUGAAUCGGGAGCGUCUUCUGGGUCAGUAUCGAUGGUGGAUGCCUCCGACAUAGCGGACAGCGAUUCAGACUUCGACGACGCUGAGGAUAUUCCUCCGGAAGAAGCAUGGCAGUAUCUGACUCAGCCCGGGCCUUCGAGCCCUCCUUGCGCGGAAUCUAUCGUUGAGCCGAUAAUCCACCAUGUUUCAUCUUUGCCGGAAGGUAUCCAGCCCUCGGAUUUUCGCAAUCUUGGCCAAUUCUUUGCGGCCUGCGGCUACAACACUCUUCCUCUCAUACCUGCCUCUGAUCGCAAGCUCAGCGUGCUUCUUGAGACUGACGACGUCUGGCAGCUUUCCCGUGUAGAACGCAAGAAGUUACAUGAGCACUGGGUGGAUGAGAUCCGCGUGAUUUCACAGACGAAUAGGACAGAAGAGUUCGAACGCCUACGCCGUGUGCAUACCGACACAAUUAAGCAGUACAACGAAGGCAAAGCUGCCGCUCGUUGCGAAUUGCUUCGAAACGUAGACAUUAUCGGUUGCACGACUACUGGCGCGGCAAACCUCACUGCGAUGCUCGAGACAAUUGGUCCGCGUGUCAUGCUUGUCGAAGAAGCGGGACAAGUUCACGAGGCCCACGUCUUAGGCGCUCUUGUAUCAUCCAUCCAGCAUGUCGUCCUUAUUGGAGACCCCCAGCAAUUGCGUCCGACGAUCAACAACUACGCGCUAUCAACGGAACACAAGAGCGGAGGCAAGAUAUACAAGUUCGACAUGUCCUUGAUGGAACGCCUCUCGACUUCGGGCUUCCCGAUGUCCCAGAUCGACGUACAACGGCGAAUGCGACCUCAGAUCUCAGAUCUUAUACGGCGAACGCUCUACCCGAAGCUAGAGGAUCAUGAGUCUGUAAAGAACUACCCUUCGGUACGAGGCAUGCGCGAGAAUGUCUUCUUCUUCGACCAUCAACACAAAGAGAAUGGGGGUGAAGACGAUUCCAUCUCCAAGUUCAACCAGUUCGAGGUUGACAUGAUCGUGGAUCUUGUUAUGUAUCUACUUCGCCAAGGUCCUUACUCAGCCGAAGGUGAUAUCGUCGUUCUCUGUGCCUAUCUAGGGCAGCUCGCUCGUAUGCGUGAUGCCUUAGCACAGAAAGUCACAGUAGUUAUCGACGAACGAGAUCAGCGAGACCUGGCUGAUCGUGAGGCGGAUCAAGAAGAUCUCGGAGACGAUGUCACCACCGUCGAGCAUGUCAAAGUGACACGCCGAGUCCGUCUACGUACGAUCGACAAUUACCAAGGAGAAGAAGCGAAGAUUGUCAUCUUGUCCCUUGUACGAAAUUCUGGAGGCGCUAAAGAUGAUGAGACGCUCUGUGGGCAUUCGUCCAAAGGGCGCGUCAAUGUCGGCUUCCUCAGGUCUGAGAACCGUACCAAUGUUGCGCUGUCGAGAGCCCGAGAAGGUCUAUAUAUCCUUGGCAACGCGCGAGACCUGCGGCUUCGCAGCUCCAUGUGGCGUUCAGUUCUCUCUAUCCUAGAAGAAAGCGACUGCGUUGGUACCUUCCUCCCAAUCGCCUGUCAUCGGCACCAGGAUCAAGCUGAGAAAGUCGCCAAGCCCGGACAGUUGCCUCGAAUCGCCCCGGAUGGCGGUUGUCUGAGGCAGUGUGAUUCAAGAUUGAGCUGUGGACAUCUUUGUCCAUACAAAUGUCACUCCGACGACCUCAACCACAAGAGUGUGCGAUGCGAACAGCGCUGUACUAGGCUCUGCCCCCGCGGACACCCAUGCUCGAGGCCUUGCGCGGAUGCAUGCGGGCAAUGUAUAACCAUGGUCUCUCACGUUGAGCUUCCGUGCGGUCAUGUCAAGACACAAGUUCCUUGUUUCGCGCUUGAUGACCUGUCUGAAGUGUCUUGCGGUGUUCAUUUGAAGAAGCAGCUUCUGGACUGCGAACACGAAGCCGAGAUGGCAUGCUCAGACGAUCCUGCUCUAUACAGGUGCAAUGCGCCUUGCAACGGUAUCUUGACGUGCUGCAGCAGGAACUGCAAGGCCGACUGCCAUCAGUGCCAGCAACUGAACCCCACUCCGGAAGGCUCAACUGGGGUGGCGACCAGGAAUGCCCACCAACCCCAUCAGUGCCAGAGGCGGCUUUACUGCGAGCACCAGUGUAGCAAGAUGUGCUCUGAAGAGCACGAAUGUACGACAGAAUGCAACGCACCCUGCCGCCAGAGCUGCGCACAUGCACAUUGUAGGCAGCCUUGCUCCGUUCCCUGCGCUCCUUGUCAAGAGCCGUGCUUAUGGCAAUGUCCGCAUCAGACCUGUCCUGUACCGUGCGGUUCUGUCUGCGCUCGCCUGCCUUGUGAUUUUCGUUGCGAAGAGAUAUUGGAGUGCGGCCAUCGCUGUUCUUCAGUUUGUGGGGAGGACUGCUCGAUUCAGAUUUGUCCAGCAUGUGCGAGCCCAGAGCAGGGGGACGUAGUCGUAGACCUUAUCCUCGGGAGAUCUUUGGCCGACAUCGACCCUGAUAUGGAGGGUCUCGAUGACCUCCUCAUUACUCUGCCGAACUGUCGCCACGUCUUUACGGUCGAGACUCUCGACGGACACGCCUCAAUGCAAGAAUAUUAUCGAGCCGACGGUGGACGGUGGAUAGGUCUGGAAGCCCCUCCAAACGACUUCAGGAAGCCACCUACCUGCCCGACAUGCCGGGUGGCCAUCAGGUCGAACCGGUACGGUCGAGUCUUCAAGAGAGCUGACCUGGACAUUUUGGAGAAUAACGUUGCCUUCCGUAUGUCCCAAUCGCUUGCCGCGAUAGGGCGCAGGGUCAAGAUUACACCAUUGGGCACACUCAAGGACACGCUUAAGAUUGAGGCCGCGAAUGAAACCUUGUCAAUCACCAAGGCUGCUCAGAACAGGAACACCCACCAGAAGAACCAGAGGGCACUCCUCCAGCAGGUUCGCAACACGCCGCUCCCAAGCAAGGGUCUCGAUCCGAGCAACGGCGAGUUGCAUGGAAUUCCUGCAUCUGAAGUCAGGUCAUGGCAGCUGACUCUCCGUGGACUUCUCGCCUCGUACAACGACGCUGUUUCUGUCGCGAGCAUCCGUUCGGCACAUAUGCACGCUUGGGAAGCUUCCUUUUCGUAUCUUUACCAGAAGGAGAUGGACCUCGCUGCGCAGCAUCCGGAGCACGCCCCCAGGAAUCCGCAUGAGCACGCGAUGCGCAUGGCUAGACUGGGCGUUGGUCAGCCGCAGCCGAGAGCAGAUCGCAGGUUCCUGGUCGAAGCCUUUUGGACGUCCAUUCACAUUCGCCUCACGCUCGCCGACCUCGCGCAGACCUGGGUCACCGCUCUUGCAUCCAGGUCUGGAUAUCUUUCUGAGAACAGACAGCUGUGGGGGCGAUUUAUUUCGUUCAUCUUCCGGUCUUGCCUUCAGGACGGUCGAACUGCUCUCAUGAUAGCACAGGAGUCCGAGAGCCAUCGUCAAGUUGUCAAAACAUCGCUGCUGCUCAUGCGUAUCAACAUUGAGUACUUCCGUUUCAACAUCGAAGGUAGUCGUGGCAAAAGCCGGCUUCGUGACCGCCGUGACCAACUGGCAUCCCGAGCGAAGGAGAAACAUGAAGAAACCCUUCAGCACAGUGAAGCUGUCAGACUGACGCACCUCGAGAUCCGACGUGCCGAUCAGGAGCAAGAGAUCCAGUGGCUUACCACGACCUUCGUAGACCCAGCUAAAGUUAUCGUCCAGGAGUGGCAGAAGCUCGAGCGGUCUUUGCGAAUGGACACCUUCUACGAGCCAGUCUCACUGGGGGAGAUGCAGGACAUCGUCAAAGGGCUCAAUUUUUCGCAUACCGGCCACUUCUACAAGUGCCCGAAAGGUCACACUUUCGUCAUUGGCGAUUGCGGCGGGGCGAACCAGCAGUCCUUCUGCCCUGAGUGUAGUGCACCUAUUGGUGGAACAGGUCACAGCCUGCUGACAACCAACACGCGCGAUAUGCAGUAUGAGGAGCUCGCCCGUGGACAUGGUGCAGCGCGCAGUCCGUGGACGUGGGGAGUGUAACGGACACUUGGCCGUUGAUCGUUCGUACCUGAUCUUCAUUUGUAAGUUGUGUUUACCAUGGGUGCCGCCGAAACACAAGCCAUAUCAUUAUUCCGUACGUCCGGUGACCUAAGGAGAAAGUAAAUGAUCAUAAAAGCGAAUAUGCAAGACUGCGCUUCAAUUGUCUCCUUCGUGAUAUGUUGGAGGCGGCUCCGAUCUAUCCGCCUGGAAAUACUGCAUUACCCGCCUUAGGUUCUCCACUUCUUGGCGCAAACCCUGCACGUCCGUUGGCGACACAGGGCUAGCAGCAUCGCUUCUCGAUGCAACUGUGGGCGGCUCCCUACUGGACGACUGACCGUUGGUCGACGUCAAGGUGUAUGAAGAGCUCGCGUUGGGAGUAUGUGUUGGCGCCCGCCGCCGCUGCCGCUGAGCUCGAGCUCCGAGAGAUUUCGUUGUCUGGGGGAGAUACCCUACGGCUUGAUGUUCAGUCUGUACAUUCGCAUUCUCCGGUGCAAUCCAGGGGGCGGUCUCUUCGCGAACGUAGUUGUAUGGCACAGGUUGCGUCAUGUUCGCAUCGAGCUUUUCGUCGUCCGAACGUUUAGUUCUGCGCCAAAAGAACAAGCCGACGAUGAGUAUGAGGAUAAAGCCGCCUACUCCUCCGACAACACCGCCUACUAUGGCCCCAACGUUCGAAUGUUUUGACGUUCCAGAACUCAAGCCAGGACUCGAGCUAGGGCUUGGCUCUGAGCUCCCUAUGGGCUGAGCUAUGUUGAUGGUAACAUUAGG